AUGUCCGAGCCCUCAUCCUCCUCUGCCACCGAUGUCGUCUGGGAUGAGGUCUUCGGCGAUCAGACGCUGGACGUCGUCCUGAAGUCGACGGUGGAUAACGUGUACUUUCGGGCAAGUAGCUACACUCUGAAGAAGGAGACAUCGCUAUACAAUGGCAUGUUCACCAUGAUCCCCAACGUCGGGCACAUGACACCCGAGGACGCCAUCCCCCUCGAUUUUGAUGCACCCACAAUCACCAUCUUCCUCGCCUGCGUCAACGCACGCGCAGUCAUAACCCCCUACUUUGCGACCUUCCCUGUCCUCCAGCUCGGCCGCCUCCUCCACAUCGUCCGGCAUGCAGACUGCGAGCGUCUCCUUCCUCCCGUCGAGCGGGAGUACAAGCGCGCUUGCGUCCGCAGCCCGCACGAUUGGCUGCUCACGGCCAUCGAGCUCAACGACCUUAACGAGGUCGCGGACGCUCUUCGGCAUUCCGCUCGGGAGGGCAAGGGGGUCGAUUUUACCGUGGUCAAGGGCCUGAUCGCGCGCGUGGUGGAUAAGGCGUGGCAUCUGCCCCUUUUCUGCGCAUUUACGCCCGAUACGCCUCUCUACCCGGAUAGGGCACUUUGCCCCUUCGCUUGGCCGACCGAGGAGAAGAUCAGUAUACUUCUCACGGAGAUCCAGAAGGGAAGGAUCGGGACGAGGGACGGGGACGGAGGUCGGGCGGUAGCGGCAGUGGCGUGA